CAGUGGCUGCAUCAUCACAGUUUGCGGCUACUAUUGUGCUAGGACCAUAAACAUGAGGAGGACCUAAAGGAGAACAGGACAAGACAACAGUGUGCUCGCACUCACACCUCUGAUUGAGAAUGUCGAGGCGCUCCAGAGACCCACCGGAUGGUGGUUAUGGCUGGGUUGUGGUUGCAUCGGCUUUCUUCAUUAUGGGUCUCACCGCGGCGGUGCUGAAAAACUUUGGCUUGUUUUUCCUCGAACUCCAAAACUACUACAGCGUCCUCACCAGCACUACCUCAUUGAUGACCUCCACCACCAUUGCUGUGUUUCACCUGGGAUCUCCUCUGGCCAGUGCUCUCAGCAUGCAUCUGUCCCACCGGCCUGUUAUCAUGAUCGGAGGACUUCUGGCUGCCUCAGGAAUGAUUAUCUCCUCUUUGGGCCUCAGUCUGCCUUGGAUGUAUCUGUCUGUGGGUGUAAUUCAAGGACUGGGAGUCUCGUUUACUUGGGUUCCAGCGAACAGCAUGGUCAACCACUAUUUCAAACGCUGGCGUCCCAUCGCCUGCGCCAUCUCCAGUUCUGGAGAGUGUGUCUUCGGCAUGGCCUUCAGCCCGUUUUUCCAGUGGCUCAUUGAAAGCUACACCUGGCGGGGCGCUCUUCUGAUCAUCGGCGGUCUCCAGCUUAAUCUGAUUGUCUGUGGUGCUCUGAUGAAGCCCCUCCAACCUGCACAAACCUGCAGGAAACCUAUGACCGACUCAAAAGAGGAAACCAGGACAUCAAAAAAAGUCACUUUCCAAUGCUCUCUCAUUCAGAGGCCUGAGCUGCUGCUUUAUAUUGUGUUCGCCAUCUUGGCUGCAGCAGGUUUUUUCAUCCCACCAUUGUUCCUGGUGCCGUAUGUCAACAAUUUAGGUAUGAAUCAAUACUGGGCUGCCUCUCUUUUGUCAGUGCUGUCAUUGGCAGACCUGUUGGGCAGACUGGGAUGUGGUUGGCUGGCUAAUUUGCGCCUUUUGCGAAACCUCCAGCUGUUGACUAUGGUGGCGACGGCUAUGGGAGUUGUGUUGCUUCUGCUGCCCAUUGCGUACAGCUACUGGAGCGUACUGGCAUUUACAUCGCUCUAUGGAAUUUUGUUUGGCUGUGUGGUGGCCAUUCAUGUGACCAGUAUUGUGGAUAUCGUUGGACUGGAGGGUUUUGACAGCGCUCUAGGCCUCUUCAUGCUGUUACGGAGCAUUGGAGGAUUUCUGGGUCCACCCGCUGCAGGCUGGCUGGUGGACUGGACUCACAACUUCGGUGCUGCUUUCUACUUGUCUGGCAUCUGUCUGGUCCUGUCUGGGUGUUUCGUGUUGCUCGUGGACCGGCUGGUGGAGAAGAAGAAGCUCCAGGAAACACUUCAAGAUCCAUGCACUGAGACUACAGAUCACAAAGCAGACGUUUAAAACCCAGGGUUUUAUAUUUUUUACCAGUGUUUUAUUAUUUCAUUAUAUGAAGUUUUGUCUAUUUAAAGCCAUAUUUUAUUAGAACCAGUUUUUAAUCUUUCAAUAAAAGCAACAGAGAUUUAAUUACCUCAAUUCUCACCCCAUAACGUCACUGGAUUUCUUUUCAAGAUUGAUCACAAACAGUGAGAUCUGCCUGAUUUCACUCAUUAAUUCAUUCAAGGAGCCAUUCAUUAUUUCAUUAUCAAGAUAUUACAGACCAAUAAUCAACCCAGGCUCAUUGGGAAAUACAUGCUUCAGCCUAUUUAUUUGCGAAACGUGAAAUACAUUGCUCCGGGUAGGUUUUGUUGUACGUUUAAGAUGACAAAUCCACUAGAGGGCGCUGUCUACUUUAUUACGAAGCUAAACUGCAUUACUUGGCGUACAUUUUGUAGUGUGUUUCUAAUACAAGCUGUGACGAAAUGAGACGAUCUAGCCUACACGGGACAGAUCUUGACACCUAGCUAUCAUAACAGCCGCUGUUAAUAAGCAGCAAUAAAAUCUGUAAUGUCUUUUUCUCCAAGUGAUUUUAAAACUUAUAUGACGCUAUUUGAAGACAAAGGAAGGUUUACAAAAACUGGAAAUGUUUUUCCUUUGAUCCAUACAUGUACACAUAAAAAUGUAAACUGUCUAGAAUAUCACUUUUUAGUAAGACAUUUCAUACAUUUUGUUAGCAUGUUUUUUUUUACAUGUUUAAAUAUCCAAGUAAAAAGGAAACUAGUUCAUACAUUCAAAACUGUAAUCCAGUUUUCUUUUAAAAACGUCCAGCGUGCAAUAAAUCUUGGGAUGUUCGAGGUCGCGAAGGAUUCAAAAGUUGUAUUCUUUAUUACCUGAGAAAUGAAGGACGCAUUUGGAGGCUGCAUUUGAAGGAGCCUUUGAAUUAUUAUUAUCUUUUUUAAUAAGACCGCCUUCGUCAUGGCACGAUAACGCAGCGCUCUUUGAAUGUAUCUUUCGGAGGAUGCAGCCUCUAAAAUGAGACGCAGCUAUAAUUAAACAAUGUACAAGGUGAGCUACAGAGCAAACUGACCAAGCCAGAAAAUUAGUCCAUAUGGAGAUUGAGGCAAACAUUCAUUCAUUUUCUUUUCAGCUUAGUCCCUUUAUUAAUCAGGGGCUGCCACAGUGGAAUGAACCGCCAACUUAUCUGUUUUUUAUGCAGCUGAUGCCCUUCCAGCCACAACCCAUCACUGGGAAACAUCCAUACACUCUUUCAUUCACACACAUACACUACAGCCAAUUUAGCUUACCCAAUUCACCUUUAGCGCAUGUCUUUGUACUGUAGGGGAAACCGGAGCACCUGGAGGAAACCCAAGCCAACACGAGGAGAACAUGCAAACUCCACAUAGAGGUGGUAACUAACCCAGCUAGGGCUCAAACCAGUGACCUUCUUGCUGUGAGGCGAUUGUGCUACCCACUGUGCCACCAUAAUGCCCAAACAUAUUCCAUUACAAAUAGUAGACAUCAUUAAGUUGUUUUGUGGUAUUUAUUUAAUGUCGUGCAAAGAACUGAAUGAAAACAAUUGUUCAUUUGUUGAUAAUAUGUCCCUGUAAAUAUAAUUAAUGUAAAAACGAACAAAAGUUGUUGUCAUACUGCCCUCUAGUGUUCAUUUUACAUAUUAACUACAGUCAAACAGGUAUGUUUUUGCGAUUUGACUAAAAUGGAGGCUCAAGCACAUAUUUCCACAGAUCCUGUGUUGACGAUUGUAUUACAGAACAAUCGUUCAGUGAUUUUAUUUGAUAGUAUCUACAAGAAAUAUAUAAUUUAUUUAGAAUCAGAGGAUUGAUGUUUCAGAUUGAAUAAAAGUUACGUACAGUGGCUCCAAAUAGUGCCAUCUGUAAAGCUCAUCACUUCUGUGGUCACUGACCUCGAGGUGAUUUAUAAUUUUUAUUUCAAAUGAAAUAAUUGUAUUUUUAUCAAACAUUUUUGUUAAAAAGUCCACUUGUAAGUGAAUUAAAUCUCACAUAUAGUUUUUAUAUAUUGUUUACAGUGUUAUUUUAAUGUUACUCAUAUAGUAAUUCAUUCAUUUUCAUCCGCUUUUCCGGGACUGGUCACAGGGAAGCAGUUUCAGGAGAGAACCCCAGACUUCCCUCUCCCCAGACAUUCCUCCAGCUCCUCCGUGGGAAUCCUGAGGCGUUCCCAGGCCACCCGAGAGACAAAGUCCCUCCAGUGCGUCCUGGGUCUUCCCCGAAGCCUCCUCCUGGUGGGACAUGCCUGGAACACCUCCAUAGGUAGGCGUACAGGAGGCAUCCAAAACAGAAGCCCAAGCCACCUCAGCUGUCUUCUCUCGAUGUGGAGGAGCAGCGGCUCCUACUAUCUAUAAGGGUGCGCCCUGCCACCCUGCGAAGGAAGCUUAUUUCGGUCAGUCGUAUCUGAGAUCUUGUCCUUUCAGGAAAGACCCAAAGCUCAUGACCAUAGGUGAGAGAAGCAACGUAGAUUGACUGGUAAAUCGAGAGCUUUGCCUUUCGGCUCUGUUCUUUCUUUACCACAAUGGACAGAUACAUCGGCUGCAUUACUGCUGCCGCUGCACCAAUCUGCCUGUCGAUCACACGUUCCAUCCUUCCCUCACUCGUGAACAAAACCCCAAGAUACUUGAACUCCUCCACCUGGGGUAAGGACUCUCCUUUAAGUUAAGUCCGUAUAUUUUGACAUUUUCUGUUUUCAUUUUAGCAUUUGAUUUGAUAAUGUUUACUUUUUAUUAAUUUAUUGAUUUUUAACUGAUGUAUUCCAGUAAUGGAUUCAAGUUUGAAGUAAUUUAUUGAACUAUAAUGAAGGAUAAAUAGCUAAAAUAUAGAUAUAUUUAGCUGUUAAAGUUUAUUUUUAUUUUAAAACUAAUUACUAACUAAUAGAAAUGGCGAAUAUUUUUGAAGGCCACUAAAUUGUACGAUUAGCUCACAGAUUUUAGUAGCGUUUAGUCUAAAAAGGAGUACAUUAUAUGAAUACAUUAAUUUUGUAAUCACGGAGGUGCCUUAGAAAUGUUGAAAUCCAUCUUUAUGCCAGCAGAUGGGUUUUUACGAAAAAUUUGCUAUACUUUUAACCUCAAAAUAGCAUUACAUUCUACUAAAUCCUUCUGUGAACUGAACUAAUAGGGAGCAAAAUAUUUUGUAGGUUUAUGAAAAGCCUAAUAUCAUGUCUGAUUUCAUUAUCAAAUGGUGUCUCUUAAAUUUGUAGACACUUGCAUAACAUUUGUAUUACAAAAUACACCUAACUUGUGUAUUAUGGGCUUUUAUUGGUUCUCCAAACACAUGCUCUAUCCAAAGAUCAAGAGAGAAAGACAUUGUGAGCUGAAUUGUUGUGCAUUAUUUUGCAGAGAUCGUUUGAUUCUUUAUUUUUGAUUCUGUAUUUUUGAUAUUUUUUUUUGGUCAGAUCUUGACGUUUGCCUUAAUUGCAGGUGACAAUCAGGAAUAAUUCGUUUAGAUUUUCCAUUUGAACUGUAUUAACAGUAUAACUUGCUGUAUAGCAGGGGUUAAUAGGAACUGUGAGUGAAAUAAAGGCCAGUUGUUCACCUUCAA